AAGCCCACCCCGAGACAGCUGAGCGCGCGCCGCCACCGACACGCAGCACCCGCGGCCCGCCUCCCUCCCCGCCUCCUGCCGCGCCUGCGGUUGCCUCCUCACCGCAAGCGAGUCCCCCACCUCGCCGGCCGACUGGGAUGGACUGCUGCCGGCACGUGAACCCGUUCCGCGCCUGCUCGGGGCUGCGCGGGCUGGGCUAUCUCAUGGUGGUGCUCGUCGGCGCCGUCGUCGCCGCCUCCUACUACGCGGUCGUCGUCUACGCCUGGGGCCCCGUGCUCCUCGACGGGGGCGCCGCCGCGGUGGAGGCAGCCGCCGUGCUCGCCGCCUUCCACGUACUCCUUGCAAUGAUUAUGUGGUGCUAUUUGAUGGUUGUUUUCACGGAUCCUGGUUCUGUACCUGAAAACUGGAGACAGGAUGCCGAAUAUAGUGGGGAUCCUGGUUCCUCUCCAGAGGAGCAUGGAAGUGCACCUAGAUAUUGCUCUUGCUGUCAAAAUGCUAAACCUCCCCGCUGUCAUCAUUGUUCUGUCUGUAACAGAUGUGUGCUUAAAAUGGACCAUCACUGCAUUUGGGUAGUGAAUUGUGUUGGAGCAAGGAACUACAAGUAUUUUCUCCUUUUCCUGGUGUAUACAUUUGUUGAGACAGUGUUGGAUACCUUGGUACUACUUCCAAACUUUAUUGAGUUCUUUCAAGAUGAAAGUAGGCGUUCCAGCUCCCCUGGGGAUAUUGCUAUUCUAUUUAUGGCUUUUGUUCUCAACUUAGCAUUUGCGCUGAGCCUUCUCUGUUUCAUUGGCAUGCAUACAUCUCUCGCUAUGAGUAAUACAACUUCUAUAGAGGUCUACGAGCGAAAGAAGUCAGUUUCAUGGAAAUAUGACCUAGGAUGGAGAAGAAACUUGGAGCAGGUCUUUGGCACCAAAAAAGUGUUCUGGUUCGUUCCCAUGUACUCUACAGAGGAUCUGCACAACAUCCCUGCGCUUCGAGGCCUUGAGUUCCCCACUCGUUCUGACGCAAUUGUCUAAUCGCAUAUGAUGUCUAGCAUCAGUGUGUUCUACUCCCUCCGUUCCAAAUUAUAAGUCAUUCUAAGAAUCUUGAAAAGUCAAAGUUUUUCAAAUUUAACCAAAUUUAUAUGACAAGAUAAUAAUAUUUAUGAUACCAAUUAAGUAUCAUUAGAUUCUUUGUUAGCUAUAUUUUCAUAGUUCACUUAUUUGAUGUCAUAAAUCUUUAUAUUUCUUUCUAUAAUUUUGGUCAAACUUUAAUAUGGUUUGACUCUCCAAAAUUCUUGGAAUGAUUUAUAAUUUGGAACGGAGGGAGUAUGACAUAGGGCCGUCUCACCUGUAGAUUAUUGGAUUUCUGUACAGAAAUUUGUUAAUCUUUUUUUUUGGUAUACAGAAACACACAUGUCUAUUCUUUUUUUACACUAGCUGUAAGAACCAAACAAAGAUCCACUUGAUCCUCUUAAUUCUUUGUUGACUUAUUAAACAGUUUCAAAUUUUCA